ACAAAAAGAAAGGAAAACAUGCUGCCAAAACCAAAAUGGCUUACACUCCAAAUUCAGUUUUACGUUUCGGAAUACUGGGAAGUCCCAACUUAAGAAAAGUUAUCAGAGCUAUAGACUUAGCUCCCAAUUCAACUCUUCACGCGGUCGCCGGAGAACCCUUCGACGGGUUGCAGGAUACCGUCAAGAUUUAUGGGAGCUACGAUGAGGUCCUGGAUAACCCAGACGUAGAUGUUGUUUACGUUGCCAGUGUACGACAGCAAUGGGCUGUGCUGGCCGCUCAAAAGAAGAAGCAUGUCCUGAUGGAGACACCUACGGCUCUUGAUGUGGGUGGAUGGAUAGGAUGCUGGAAGCCCGUGAAUCCAACAGUGUCCAGUUCAUGGACCCCUCCUCCACAUGGCUGUACCACUCUAGAACGACAACAAUGAAGCAGAAGCUUUUGGAUUCUAAGUGCUUAAGACAUAUUUAUCAUAUGUACAGCACAAUGACUACAUUAGCGUCGGACAUAAGAAUAAACCAAGACAUGGAUGCCCUUGGACCAAUUGCUGAAAUGGUUUGGAUCUACCUGGGGGCCGUCUUGUGGGUACAAAAGUACAAGCUACCCAGCUCAAUAAUUGCUCUACCUGGUCCAACCAAAAGCUUGAAUGGAAUCCUAUUGUCCCGCACAUCCUCCAUUCAUUACAAUCAGCCUGAAUGGACCUCUGCGAGUACUCAUUGCUUUUCUUUUUUUUUUUUUGUUAAUCUCUCGGUGUUUGGUAAUUACAUUAGAUUUCGAUUAAUUCAGAAUCGAAUCACGUUGAAUCUCAUUUGGAGAAGUUCUCUCAACACUUGUUUCUUCAUUCAUGAAACUCGAACUCAAAAUGUUACUU